AUGGACAAUAUUGAUCUAAAGGAUAAUUUCUCCGUAGCUAGAAGGCGUUUUUUGGGGUUAAAAAAUAAAUUGGAAGAAGACGAUGACAAUGUCAAAAAUAAAAGUUUGCAGAAUAAAACUCCCGUGAAAACUCCCAACAAAAAUGAAAAGACGCCAAAUGAGGCGAACAAAACACCAGUGAAGGAGGCGACUCAACAACAAAGUCCACAAAAAUCUCCAAAAAAAGAACAGAAAUCUCCUAAAAAAGAAAAGUCCGCAACCUCACAGUAUUCAGAGCAAAUAAUGAAAAGUGUGAAAACUAACAUUGAUCAAAGACGAGAACGAGAUUUAAGAAGCCUUUUCAUUGGCAAUCUUCCAUUGGAUACAACUGCUGAGGAAUUGAAGGUAUUGUCAACAGAUAUUGUAGAUGUUAUUCUUCCUUCUGGCCGAGUGAAGAAGGGCAGGAACAAGAAGUUUGGAUUCCUUGUUUUCGCUUCCGAAGCAAAGGCGGAAGAAAAUCACAGCAUUUUACAGAAGAAAAGGCUACGCAAUGCUCCCUUGACGAUAGACUACGCCGGAGAAAAGAGCAAACAACAAGCAAAAGGUGUAGACACCAUAUCUUUUGCGAAAAAUAGAAAUUUGAAAAGACUUUACAUUACCUCCCUGCAACUUAAUAUGGGAAUUGCGGAUGUCGCUAAACUGUUCAAAAACGCAUAUCAGAUAUCAUUGAAUUUUGAUUCUAAUUUUAGGACUGCUCAUGCUUACUAUUCCACUGAACAGCUUGCUGCCCAAGACUUUGAAGCCAAUCAAAACCUCACGAUAGAGGGGCAAAGAGUUUUCGUUGUGUAUGCAUCUGCUUCCAAGAAAAAAUCUCCAAAAGGGAAUAAAAAGACUAAAAAACCUGCUGCCAAGAAAAUGAAGUUAGAGCCAAAAGUUGUUGAGGAUGAUGAUGACGAAAUGACGAUGACGAAUGAUUUUUUAUUUGAUUUUUACUAUUCAGUGUUAACUCCAUCAUAUGGACAUUCUUUCACUGACGAGAGACUGAAUUAUUAA